AUGGCGGCGCUCAACCAGGUUGCGCUUCUUCCUGGUGGCUGCCAUCAGAGCUGCACGCUCCCUGUUGUGGGACGCAGCAACGCCAUCGCGUACUGCUCCCCUGCAGCGAUCUAUAUGUACACACCAACCACACACACUGUCAACCCCGCAGGGCGACGCAACAGCACCAAGUCUACUGUAUCCGCCGCCUCCGCGGGGGACGGCAAGGCUGUCAGUGUAUACCCCCUCACGCACAUCUUUGCGAACGGUGUCGCUGGUGCCAUUAAAUCCUUCGACUUCAACGACGAAUACGUGACGUGUGUGACGGCCGGUGCGAAAACAGCCGUUUGGCGUCUCUCCGAUGGCGAACAGCUCCACGGUAAGCGUCUACCGAGUGGCGUCGGUGACUUUUUCAAGCGCGAGGGCGGCCCAUCGGUGGUGCGUGUCGCUGGGAAGCACCACAUUAUCUACGGCACGACCACCGGCUGGGUAGUCACAGCCAACAUGAACGAUGGUACCACAACACACCAACUGAAACUUGCAAACACCGACGGAAGCGUCAGCAUUGUCAAUAGCAACAGCAACAACAACAACAACAACAAUAGUAGAGGCAUUACAAAUGUAGGGUAUGUGACGUCUAUUGAUGUGGCCGUCUCACGCCCCGACACAAUCGUACUGGGCACUUCUGAAGGAUUAGUGUUCAUUGUCUUGCUGCAUCCUGUCAACGGGCUGCAGCAGACCGUCAUGCUGCGGCCGUUCCCAGCACAGCCAGUCCCUGCCGAUACGCCUCUCGGCAACGGUUCAAUCAACAACAACAGCACUAAUAACAAUACCAAUAUCAGCAGUGGAAGUGGGGUAGUUGCCAUCACGGCCGUGUCGUUUGACCCGCAUAAUCCUAACCUUGUCGCUGCUGGUUCGCGCGAAGGGGCCCUCGCGCUACUGGACAUCGCCUCUAACGCGGUUGUGCAGGCAUUCGAAGUGCACGGAACGCCGGUUAUUUCCAUCUCGUGGCUUGCCGGUCAGGCAGGGACGUUCGUGACAACUGACGGGGAGUCCAGCAAACUUCGGCUCUGGGGAGUGAAUAGUCGAACGCCCGCGCUCACGUGGAACCCGAUUGCUGGCAGUGUCCUGCUGGGCAGUGCGGCCUUCGCGCCCGAGCACCUCCUCCUCGCGCUGCGCAACGGCAGCGUCGUGGUGUACAACACUAAGACACACCAGGUAGAGAUGCAGACGGAGGGAGGGCACACGGACACAAUGCACAGCUGUCGCUACGCCCACCAUGACAGGGAACUUCUUGCUACCGCCAGCACCGACGGCAGCAUACGUGUGUGGAAUACAAAGCAGCUCACUCUCCAGCAGAACAUCCAUGUGGGGCAGGUGAUUGUGCACUCUGUUGACUGGAGCCCGACCGGGAAGUAUGUCGCCGCCGGUCUCAACAAUGGCGAAGUUGUGUGCUACCAUGUGAGCACACAGCGUGAGAACUGGCGGGUCAACGUUACAUCCGGUGAUUUGACCUGGUGUCUGUCGUGGAGUCUCGCGGAGUCGAGCAGCCACAUCGCAGUCUCGCAUCGGGGCGGCGUGGUGGUGCUUUCCGCGCGUGACGGCAAAAUCGUCCGCCGCUACAAAACAAAAUCACCUAUUUUCGGUAUUGAUUUUGAUCCAACGCAUGCGAAGUACCUUGCUGCUGGCUGCCAAGACGGAAAGGUGCUCGUGUUUCAUGUCACUUCAAGCCAUGAGGAGGCGUCAGUGGUACUCUCUGGACACAGCGAAACCGUUAGCAGUGUGCUGUACAACCCUAUUGUGUCGCACUUCCUGCUUAGCUGCAGCCACGACGGCACGCUGCGUCUGUGGGAUGUCUCGUCUAUGGCGUCGCACACGGCAUCUGUCGCAUCGCGAGUGUUACGCGGGCACACAGAACGCGUGAGCUCCAUUGCGUGGUGCAGCCUGGCGCCGUACCUCGCCCUCUCCGGUUCGGCCGACUGCACUGUACGGCUGUGGGACGUGCGUAACGGCAUGAACGUGAUUACGGUGCGCUCGCACAGCGCGGAGGUGCUGGCGCUCAGUAGCCACCCCGAGCGCCCGCUCGUGUUUGCCUCUGCCUCACGUGACAGCACCAUCGUCUUCUGGAAUAUAGGGCUGCUGCGGCACGUCUACCUCGAAGCAGCUCUUGGCACACUUGAUCGGUUUCUUGUGAAUGACACCAGCUCUCUGUUGAGCGCCACUUCCACGAUCUCUGUCUCCGUCGUGGCGGGUGAUGCGGUGCAGUCGUUGCUGAAGGACAUCAAGGACACAAGCCUCACACCAUACAAACGCAUGGAACGGAUUAUUGGCUUCUUUGAGUUCCCGUGCGGUGCCGCCGACGUUGUGCGUGCAGUGGGGUACAGCUCCGACCCGCAAGACAUUUCCAACGCUAAGUGCACUGUCGUACCCGCGUCACGGCUUGUAGAAGUGCGUAGAAAAUGGGGAAAGUCAAUGGUGGAGAAGGCGCAUGGAAAGUCUGUUGCGGGGGCUGGUGAAGAGUAUAAAAAGACGCGUCUUAUAGAAGCCGCAGAGGCCAUGCUGCAGCUCGGCAAAGUAAGUGAGUACUGUCAACUCAUGGUGGAGGCUGGGGAGUGGGAAAGUGCUAUUGCUGCUGCGCCUCUUGUUGGCCGAGACCUCUGGCGAUCGCUCUGUAUGCAGGCAGGAGAGGCGAUGGAAGAGGCAGGCGACACACGUGCGGUGCGGUACUACAUCAUGGCGGAGGAGAGUGCACGUGCUGCACGCCUUGUGGCGCGGCAGUCAGACAAGAACUGGGACCUCGCGACGGUCAUUGCACAGUCGUGCCCGCAGAGCACUGAGCAGACGGGGUCGGAGCCACCACAUAAUGUGGUGGUCGACACGAACGGAAGUUCUGCUGUUGUGGCAGAGCUGUUGGAUGCACGUGCUGUGGCGUUGGCAAACGCAAUGAAUCCCCGCAUUGUCACUGCAACUGAGCUUAAUGAAGGUACCAAUGAUGAUGCGGUGAUGCAUUUAAUCUACCGCGGUGAUGUAGUCAUUGCGCACCUCCUCAUUCACACUGUUCCGCUCCAACAACAGACAACCAUUGACGCCGGGUACCGCCUUUCGAUGUUGCAGUCGUGCCGCCAACGGCAGUGGGACACUGCGCUACUCUGCGCAACGCGGUUGUCAAACCCGUACGAUGGGCUCGCGAUUGUGCUUGCAUUGUACCAACAUAUACAGGGAAAGAUCAGGAAGAACGACAGCCCUCGGCCAGUCACGUCAGUGCAAGAAAAGAUGAAAUCUUUUCACGAAAGGGUUCUCGCCGAGUGCCAGCGUUUACAGCUUCCGCUCGACAUGGAGAACAUUCAACGGAAGCACGCCAAUGAUGGGCUUGCAUCUGUGAAUCAGAUCGCCGCCAUGGUGUUGUCGCCUAACACAUCGAUAGGCGUUGAGACAAGUGAGGAACUGGUGCAGACCAUAGGUAACUUCAUCGAUAACCUCCUUCAGGUUGCCCUUCAGGACAUUGACAGCACGAAUGCUAUAUUCUACAUGAAGCAGGCGUUGGCGGUGUCGUGCUAUGUGAGUCUACCGGUUCAUCUUCCACUGAAGAGCGGAACGGCAACGACAUCGGCAUCGUCCUCCAUGACGUUCGCUUCUGGCGGCACGCACUCCGCGAUUGUGCGGAAGUUCCUUGCCCAGGUAUUCCUCGUGGCGGCGCUGAUGUGCGUGAAGGUGUACCGCUUCCCAAAGCUGCUCAACCCCGUCUUUGCUAAAGCGCGCGAGCUAGCUGAGGGUGACAGCAGCCUCAUGGCACUCCUCACAAAGGUACAACAGGCCCUUUCCUCGUACUCGCCGCACUCUGUUGAAGUGGACUGCAUGCCCCUCGGUGCAACAGUGCCGACGUUCGCCGUGGAGAGCGGUGUGCAACUGAAGUCUGUGGUGACUACGGAGCCCAUUAGCGGGGCGGUGCACAUCCUCGAGGAUGGUGUAUCGGCCAUGGGGAAAUGCGAGGCGCUGCAGUGGAUGCUGUGCUGCGCCUUCUCGCCCCUCGCCUCUGGGGCACGGAUGCUGUCUCUGUAG